CCCUCUUAUUCUUCUCCCCUCCUCCCUCCCCAACACUCAUCAAUUUCUCCUCUUCUUCUCCACCAUCUUCUUUCACAUACCUAGAGAGGGAGAGCCAGAGAUAGAAAGAGAGAGAGAGAGAGAGAAGAGAGAGAGAGAGAGAGAGAGAGAGAGAGAGAGAGAGAGAGAGAGAGAGAGAGAGAGAGAGAGAGAGAGAGAGAGAGGGCUGAGUUAUGAUUUGAGCAAAUAUACAUCCUUCCUCUCUCCUCUCCACACAUCUGAACUCUCUCUCUCAAACUAUCUCAUAAUUCUCUCAUGGUUUCCAUCAUUUAUGGAAGAAGAUGCGCCAUUUUCUCGCCAAACUUCACACUAUGCUCUCAUGGCUCAACGAAAAGCUCCCCCGCCGUACUGCAAUCAACGCCGACGACAUCUCACCGGCGUCGGAAUGCUACGCCUGCACCCAACCCGCCGUACCGAGCUUCCACUCCACCACCUGCGAUCGGGCCCAUUCCCCCAAUUGGGCCGCCAGCGCGGGCUCCUCCCUAAUCCCAAUCCAGCCCAACACCAACGACCCACGCCCGGAGCGACGCGCCGGCCGUAAGGGCCAAUGGGUUCUGGACCCGCGCAGCCCGCGGGUCCAGCGGUGGAACCGCGGCCUGCUGUUGGCUCGAGCCGUGGCUCUGGCUCUCGACCCGCUGUUCUUCUACUCGCUCUCUGUCGGCGGAGGCGGCGCUCCCGCGGGCGCCCCGCCGCCGUGUGUUUAUAUGGAUGGGGGGUUGGUGCUGGCGGCGACGGUGCUGAGAACUGCUGCUGACGUGGCUCAUGUGGGCCACAUGUGGCUGCAGAUUCGGAUAGCUUACGUGUCGCGAGAAUCGCUUGUGAUUGGCUGCGGAAAGCUGGUGUGGGAUGGGAGAAUGGUGGCGGAGCAUUAUUUGAGAUCCGUUAAGGGUUUCUGGUUUGAUCUAUUCGUCAUACUCCCUCUUCCUCAGGUGGCAUUUUGGAUGGUGGUUCCAAAGCUGAUAAAAGAGGAAGAGAUGAAGCUGAUAAUGACAAUGCUAAUCCUCAUGUUCUUGUUCCAAUUCCUGCCUAAAGUUUAUCACAUCAUAUACAUGAUGAGGAGGAUGCAGAAGGUCACUGGUCUCAUUUUUGGUUCAAUUUGGUGGGGCUUUGGACUCAAUCUCAUUGCUUAUUUCAUUGCUUCACAUGUAGCUGGAGGGUGUUGGUAUGUACUUACAAUUCAAAGAAUUGCAUCAUGUCUGAAGCAGCAAUGUGAGAAAAACAGAUCCUGCAAUCUCUUAUCCUUCGCCUGCUCGAACGAAGUCUGCUUCAAUCCACCCUUUGCCUCGGCUCGGAACAGACUUUCGUGCCGCACCUACAACACGAGUAAAACAGUUGGAGGAGUUCAAAAUGAUCCUGUAUGUUUGAAUGUUAAAGGUCCAUUUCAUUAUGGAAUCUACAACAGAGCUCUUCCUGUGGUUUCCAGCAAUUCUCUAGCUGUUAAAAUCCUUUACCCUAUAUUCUGGGGCCUUAUGACUCUCAGUACAUUCGGCAACAAUCUGGAGCCAACAAGUCACUGGCUGGAAGUCAUAUUCAGCAUAAGUAUAGUCCUGAGUGGUUUGAUGCUCUUCACCCUGUUGAUUGGAAACAUUCAGGUAUUUUUGCAUUCGGUCAUGGCGAGGAAGAGAGAGAUGCAGCUGAGGUGCAGAGAUUUGGAGUGGUGGAUGAGGAGAAGACAGCUUCCGUCGCAGCUGAGACAGAGAGUUAGACGGUAUGAAUGGCAGAGAUGGGCAUCAACAAGAGGGGAGGAUGAGAUGGAGAUGAUUCAAGACUUGCCAGAAGGGCUGAGGAGAGACAUCAAGCGUUGGAUAUGCCUUGAUCUCAUCAAACAGGUUCCGAUAUUUCAUAAUCUGGAUGACCUUAUCCUCGACAACAUAUGCGACAGAGUCCAACCACUGGUUUUCUCCAAAAAUGAAAAGGUGAUUAGAGAAGGAGACCCAGUACAGCGCAUGGUAUUCAUAGUUAAAGGGACCUUGCAGAGUAGCCAGCAACUCAGUAGAGGAAUGGUAGCCACUUGCACUCUAGGCCCCGGUGGCUUAUUCGGUGAUGAGCUCCUCUCAUGGUGUCUUCGUCGUCCAUUUAUCGAACGCCGGCCUGCUUCUUCGGCAACCAUUACUUGCGUUGAGCCUACAGAAGCCUUUAGUCUCAACGCGCCUCAUCUCAGAUACAUAACCGAGCACUUCAGGUAUAAAUUUGCGAAUGAGAAGCUUAAGAGAGCAGCAAGGUUUUACUCUGCAAAUUGGCGAACUUGGGCGGCUGUGAACAUACAGCUUGCAUGGCGUCGACACAGAGCAAGGAGAGGGGGCAUCAGUGCUGCAGUUCAGACAUCAGAAAAUGGCGGCGAUGAGCGCAGGCUUCGACGUUAUGCAGCCAUGUUCAUGUCACUGAGACCUCAUGACCAUCUUGAAUGAAACAAGAAGCAGGUCCUCUGUUUAUAAGGCGGGCUUAUUCCUCCCGAACAAUGGCUUCUUCCUCUUCAUGUUCUUCUGUUAUGGAGUUCUCCAGUAGCUGACCUUUGAAUUCUCUAAUGGCUUCCAUGAGCUUUCUCAUGUAGACUGCUUGGGUGUGAUUCCCCUGUUAAGUUUAUCAGGCAUAGCUGCUUCUGUAUGAUUACUUCAACAUCAAAUAAAAUUGUUGUUUGAUGUUUUCUGUUUUUUUUUCGAAAAAGAUUUCCUAAUGGAGUGUGAAACUUAGGGUUUUAGAGGUGUUUAUCUUCUUAUGGAAGCA